AUGGUCUCUCUCUUUCAAUCUCUAGAAGCCGAAGACCUCCUCGAGGAAGAGAAGCCAAUCUUCGACGUCCUGAAGGCGAGCCUCCACUACCCUUCCACACCCAACGUCUUGGCUCAGAGACUCGCAGACGAUAUUGUCUUCUUCUGCAGGUCGGCAAGGGAAGACGAGGAUUAUGAAGCGAUCCUCACCCUGGUUUGGGACAUGGCCUUCGAUAUGAUCAGCUGUAUUCCAUCAGACCACGAGUGGCAGGAUGUCUGGGUCAACGCUUUGGAAUUUCUUCGGGUUCGCGAGGACCUGCCCCCCAGGGACGAGAAUAUGCCGGAUGGGGUGUCAUGGCACGAGCUUCCCUUGCUCCUAAGACAGCAGAGAGCACGUCUCGAUAAGGCUUGCUUCGAUGACCAAACCAAGUGGAGGAAUCUGAACUCGUUCUCCGCCCGAUUGUAUGCUUCGGGCGUCACGGAAACAUCCUGGUACCCUGUCGUGGAGCUUCGCGGCACGGUAGAGAAGUAUGCAAGCAGCGCCAGUGUACCUGAGGCUGCGCUGUGGGUAGCGACAGAGUGGGUGAUUCGCUGUCCGGACAGAAUUUUCCGAUUCCUGCAACAAGCCGAUGAACCCGAAGGUGAGAUGCCGGAAAGGGUGUGGGGGCUCGGCGAUGCGUGGGCCGGCAAAGAGGACGUAGGACUGUUGAGCGUCGAGCGCUGGAAUCUUUGGAAGAAGUGGUUCUCGGAGAAGAAAGAGAAACUCUCGGAGGCUGACAGUGGGACGGUCGACUCCGCCACUCUCGGGCGGGUUUCUGAAGCUCUGGAGAAGAUGUGUGAGGCGGAAGAGAGGGCCAAGUGCGAGCCUACGACUGACGGCUCCAAGCAUGAGGUCGACGAGCAAGACGUGCCUGCGAUUUAG